CAGAAGUCAGCCAAGAAGGGUGUCGUGCCCACAGAAAUGACAUGUUUGCGCGCAACACAUACUGCACAGAAGGUGUUCACAGGAUAUCGAAACGGCUCUGUGUACGUACACGAUCUACGAGAACCUUCUCACAAGAGACCCCGAAACGCACCCAUUGGUAGGUACGAUGGAGUCUGA